AUGUCGAGGUAUGAUCACUUUUGCGAAACGUUAUUUCACCAAUUGAAAAAUUGGAAUAAACCCGAGAGUAUUGAUAUUUAUCAUAGGGGUUAUGUUUUUCGUAAUACUUGUGCGUAUGUUAGUCCGGCUAUGGAUCGUAGACAUUGUUAUAUGAGGGUUGUAUAUCAGAAUCAACGUUGUCCUAUAAGAGAGUCCGUAAUGGAAUUAAAAUAUAAUUCUCGAGAAAGGAAUGGUCAUUAUGAUAUACAGUUUUAUUUUCCGGGUUUCUAUGGUAGUUUAUGUGGUGUUUUUCAUGAAGAAUGUUAUAACGCUGUACAACAAUUUUAUAAGGAUGCUAGCAAGUGUAGUUUGGAACAAAUUUGCAUAAAUAUUUUCACACAUUGUCCAGGUGUAAUAGUUAGUGGAGGUUUAAUAAAAGAACAAGUGGAAUAUUAUAAGCGCGACACAUCGCGACCGAUUCUUUUUGAAUUGGAUCACAGGGGUAAAGCUGUUCCACAAAAAUAAAAACUUUUUUUUUUUUACGUUGUAGUUCAGAUGAAAUAAAAGAUAUUGUUGUUCAGCUACCUUGUGAUACAGUUCUUGACGAUGAACCGCUGACAGUAUUACAGAUUAUAGCUAGCGAUUACAAGUUUUUCGAUUUUUAUUUACGUGUGGGUCGAGAGCAAAAGAUACAGUUAGCGGGUGGUCGUUUAUGGCCGACUGUAAUUACAGACGGUGUUAUGCGAACAAUACCCAGUUUUUAUAUUUACCUUAUAGCUGUGACCAAAUGUGACAACGGUGAUCGCUAUAUAACUAUUGGAGUCGUACACUGGUUGUUUGGGAUUUAUGCCGAAUUGGAGAUUGAUUACCGCAUCUAUCCUGAAACGUUCAAACCGCAACCUGAGUUUAAAGUUACACCUAUAUAUUUACCUUCCGUGACGUUUGAUAGUAUUGGUUUUGAUAUUGAUUAUGUCAGUGAAGAGCAAUUAACAGUUAGCGAAGCAAAAGAUUUUGUUGCUGGUGUGGUAGAUACUUUGAUUACAUAUAUAAGUGAAAAUUAUCAGACAGAUUAUCGGACAGUGGCCGUCGAGUUUGAAAAGCAGCAUGGGAUGUGUGUAUCAAAACGUUUGACACAGAUUAUGAUAUAUCAUCAGAAAUUGGUUCAUCUUGUACAGGAUUGGAUAAUUAAGAAUUGUGGUUGUACACGAAACGACCAAAUUUGUCAUUGUGGAUUGUAUACCAAACGUGAUAUAGUUAGAUGUAGAAAAUUGUACUUUAAAGACGCAGGACUAUUGGUUAGUGAUGCGGUGUACUUUACCACCUCGAGAUAA